CCGGUCUUUCCCUCUUCCUCCUCCUCCUCCCCCCCGUGAGCGUAAGUAAGUCAAGAUGGCCAAAGACCUCUUCUCCGUCCCCAUCUUCUUCAUCGUCUUCCGCGAGACCAUCGAGGCCGCCAUCAUCGUGUCUGUCCUCCUCGGUCUCGUCGAACAGAUCGUGUACGACGAGCCUGUCCAUGGAGUGCAUCUCAGACACCAGCUCCCCGCCCUCGUUCCCGCCACCACUACCGCAGCUACUGACGAGAAAAGGUCAGAGUCGGCUAGUAAUAGUAAUGAGGGUGGUAUGGCCGCAAGAGACUCGGAGAGUGGGAGGGACGAGGUGGAUGCGGUGCAGGAUAAUGCGGAGGAAAAGAGGAAGUUGAUUAGGAAGAUGCGGAUUCAGAUCUUCGCGGGUAGCGCACUAGGCCUACUCGGCGCCCUCGCCAUCGGAGCAGCCUUCAUCGCCGUCUGGUUCACCCAAGCGUCUGAUCUCUGGGCUUCGUCGGAGGAUCUCUGGGAGGGCAUCUUCGAGCUCAUCGCCUCGAUUAUCAUCUUCGUCAUGGGCGUGACGAUGCUCAAGAUGGACCGCGCAAAGGCGAAGUGGCGUAUCAAGCUUAUUGAAGCGUUUUCUGGCAAACGCGUCGACAAACGCACCCGCACCUCCCGCUGGAUCCUCUUCCUCCUCCCCUUCAUAACCGUCCUCCGCGAAGGCCUCGAAGCCGUCGUCUUCGUCGGCGGUGUCUCCCUCGGCGAGCCCGCGACGUCCAUCCCUAUCGCUGCGAUAUGUGGAUUGGUCGUGGGGUUGAUUGUGGGGUUUGUGAUUUAUACGUUUGCGUCGAGGAGUACCCUCCGCAUCUUCAUGAUCGUAAUGACGAACCUCAUCCUCCUCAUCGGCGCCGGUCUCUUCUCCCGCUCUAUCUGGGAGUUUGAAAGCAAUGCGUUCGCGAAGAUAGUGGGGUCUGAUGUUGAUGAUACGAGCGGCGAUGGGCCGGGGUCGUUCGAUGUUCGGAAUUCGGUUUGGCACCUCGACUGCUGCAACCCCGAAAACAACUACGACAACGGCGGCUGGAUGAUCUUCAACGCCAUCUUCGGCUGGACGAACAGCGCGACGUACGGGAGCGUGAUUGGAUAUGCGAUGUAUUGGGUGGCGGUGAUGGGGGCGUUGGGGGGGUUGAAGUGGAAGGAGGGCCGCAUGUCCUUCUUCGGGCACGAAUCCGCGAUCGCGCGACAGAGGAGGGAGAAACGCGCUGCUCGUGCUUCUUCUUCUCCGGCGGCUGCUACUACUGAGGGAGAGAAAGAGAAGGAGAGGAGUAUUGCGUCGGGUGAGGGCUCGGGGGAGCGGGUGGGAGAGAAGGAGGGGAUCGAGGAGUUGAGGAAGUAGGUUGUGGUGGGUAGGGAGAGGGAGAAUGUGGCGCGUGGCGUGGCGCAGAAAAUUAGAAGCUCUAUGAUCGACGGUCGAUGGUCGAUGGUCGAUUUCUUCAUUUUGUUUCGUUUCAUUUUAUCUCGUUUCGUUUCGUUUGUCUGUUUGUCUGUUUGUUUUAAUCUGUCUGUCUGUUUGCUGUCUUGGGGUCUUAUGCUUGUUUAUUUCUCAUCCGCUACUUCUUGUUUUCUCUUCUCUUUGCCGUUCGUUUUUAUGUCGUCGUUGUAUAGUGUAUAUACAUGCCAUGUUCACGUUCACGUUCACGUUCAGUUUAUGAUGGUGAUGGGGAUGUGAUGCGAUGCGAUGAAGAAUAUAACGAAUCGAUUCUCUUUUCUCUAUGCUUUUCUGCUCGAGUCGAUGUCGAUGUCACGUUGAUGUUCUCCGUUCCUCUUCAAGUUCAAGUUUUAUGUGUGUCACUUCGUACUUGUCUACUUGUCGGUGUUGGUGUAUAUACUUCCAUGCCACGUUCACGUUCAGUUUAUGAUGGUGAUGGGGAUGCGAUGAGUGGUGAAGAAUAUAACGAAUCGAUUCUCUU